AAAUGCCUGCUUACUAAAGCGAACUGGUACUCCUGUCAAACAAAUCAUAGUCGAACAAGUGAACCAGGAAAUUGGUGUCAGUUGACCCCGAAGAAAGGUUUGAACUGUUUUUUUCAAGCUAUCCCAGAAAUAAAGCUACGAAGCUGCACUUCUGUCAUUCAGCCUCCAGAUGGCGCAGUCAGCCACGAGCUUGAAAGCUAUGCGCGUGCGUCCACAAUAACAAUUUCAUAAAAGUCCAUUAAAAAAAUCCAAUUACAAACUAAAUGUCCAAAUUGAUAACACAAAAUGAUUAGUUACUCAGACAAAUCGCACAAUGACGAAUCACGGCGAUUUAAGCUCAACGGCUCCUCCUCUCCUAUUUAACGUGGUCACGCAGAACUCUCCCCUCCUCUCCUUUCUCUCUCACGCACGCCCACCUCUCCAUUCACCCUCCUCUUCAGUUGGAACCCGAGCUACAACCGGUGGACUUCCCGCAAGCAGUGAGUUUAGUCUCCCCCGUGCGUAAAAAGUGACCAUGGUGACUUUUACGCACCGCUGCUAACCGGAGAAAACGAUGGAGUAGUCGCCCUCUUGGAUUCGCGCUGAGAUGGCGGCACUUCGCAGGAAAUUCGGCGAGGACUACCAGGUGGUCAGCACCAACCGGGCCGGGGGCGUGGAUGGAAGUGGCGGCGGCAGUGGCUUCUCGGUGCCGGCGGCAAAGAAGAAGAGGCAGCGCUUCGUGGAGAAGAACGGCCGCUGCAACGUGCAGCACGGGAACCUGGGCGGCGAGACCAGCCGCUACCUGUCGGACCUGUUCACCACCUUGGUGGACCUCAAGUGGCGCUGGAACCUGCUCAUCUUCAUCCUCACCUAUACGGUGGCGUGGCUGGUGAUGGCGUCCAUGUGGUGGGUGAUCGCCUACAUCCGCGGCGACCUGCAGCAGCACGCCCGCGACGCGUCCUACACGCCGUGCGUGGCCAACGUGUACAACUUCCCGUCCGCCUUCCUCUUCUUCAUCGAGACGGAGGCCACCAUCGGCUACGGCUACCGCUACAUCACCGAGAAGUGUCCCGAGGGCAUCAUCCUCUUCCUGUUCCAGUCGCUGCUGGGCUCCAUCGUGGACGCCUUCCUCAUCGGCUGCAUGUUCAUCAAGAUGUCGCAGCCCAAGAAACGCGCCGAGACGCUCAUGUUCAGCCAGGACGCCGUCGUCUCGCAGCGGGACGGCCGGCUGUGCCUCAUGUUCCGCGUGGGCAACCUGCGCAACAGCCACAUGGUGUCCGCGCAGAUCCGAUGCAAGCUCAUCAAGUCCCGCCAGACCCCCGAGGGGGAGUUUCUGCCCCUGGACCAGUGCGAGCUAGACGUGGGCUUCGGCACGGGGGCCGACCAACUCUUCCUGGUCUCGCCACUCACCAUCUGCCACGAGAUCAACCCCAAGAGCCCCUUCUUUGACCUGUCCCAGCGCUCGCUCACCAGUGAGCAGUUUGAGAUCGUGGUGAUCCUGGAGGGCAUCGUGGAGACCACUGGCAUGACGUGCCAGGCGCGCACCUCGUACACAGAGGACGAGGUCUUGUGGGGACAUCGCUUCCUGCCCGUGAUGUCCCUGGAGGAGGGCUUCUUCCGGGUGGACUACUCGCAGUUCCACAGCACCUUCGAAGUCCCCACGCCGGCGUAUAGCGUCAAAGAACACGAGGAGAAGAAUUCCUUGCCGUCGCCCGUGUCCACGCCUGCGCUUACCGAGAGCCAACGUGCCCGGCGCGACCGCGUUUUCUCCGUGGACUGCAUUAAUGCGGCGACGGCGACGAUGGGAGGCGGCGACGGCGGCGGCGGGCGGCGGCUGCCCAGCAAGCUGCAACGGAUCAGCUCAUCCGGGAAGGAGGACCUCCAGAGGAAGGUGCUGAUGCUGAGCUCGCAGCACUCCGAGAAGGCAUGCAGCACAGGGGACCUGCCGCUCAAGCUCCAGCGCCUCGGAUCUUCUCCGGGGCCCGACGACUCGCUGAAAGUCGGAUUCGAACCCAUGACUCAGUCCACCGGGGACUUAUACCAGCAUAGCCUGAUGCCCACCUUAUGCCCGCCGCAGCCCCGCGCACACAGCCCACUUUUGUCGGCCGGCAGGAGGCCCGAAGACAACCUACCGGCCAAACUACGCAAGAUGAACCGCUGAAGAGAUGAAGUCCGCCCUGGAGAGGGCAGCAUCGGACAAAAUCCCGAAGUGACUACUUGUCGAUGACUUUUCACCGCACACGUUGGGAUUUUUUUUUUUUUUUCGCACAACGAAAAUGCGGAGCUGCACAAAACGGAUCCCUCUGCAUGUACGCUUGUUAGUCAAUCUUAAGUUUUAUCAAUGAAUAAAUCACGUUCACAUUCAGUCACUCUUGUGUUUAAUUCAGUACGGCAGGAUCUGGGGCAAUAUAAGCUCACCUAUGAUCUACAGCUUAAGCUGAACAGGGAGACGUUUGGCAGCUUGUCGGAAAGCGUUGGCUCACGCCCCACUAGUUCAAAUUCACCAAGCAUCGGAAUGUUCACCCACAAAUAAAAAUAGAAAUAUCAAAUACUGUUGUUGCCGCUCUGAAAUCACUCCGCCAACAUUCUUGACUGGUAUUUCGCUAUUCACGGCACCUUCCAAGUACAUCGCUGUUGUAGAUAGGACAAUGAUAAUCGUUGAUUCCAUUGAUUAAUAUUUUUAGCUGUAGUAGAAUUAAUCAUUUCGGCACAGUGGUUGGAAAUCACGAGUUUAACAGACAGCUGGACAUGCCAUUUUGUCUCUUGUGGAGAAGCUGCUCUUUUUGUGCAUCAGUGCAGGACAAACAGCAUAAAGGCUGCAAAUAAAGACGCAAAUAGAG